ACCAUCAGCAGACCACCACCAAUCACACACACCGGCCGGCCAGCUCUCUAGCUCUUCCUCCAACACUUGUUGCUCCGCUCCCAUCCCCUCAAGCCUCUCUUCACUGAAUUUUCUGGUCGCCAUGCACAGCUACUACAGAGCCAUGCACCCGUACGCUCACCCGUACCAGCACCAUGCCGCCGCCGUUGCCCCCACCACCAAGCACUACGGCCACUGCCAUGAUGCCGAGGAGGAGGACGACCAUCAGUCCAUGCUGCUCCUCUCCCUGUGGCCUCCCGGCCACCACCACCACAGCGUCGCCGCCGCUGCUUCCUCGGCGUGCUCGUCUCCUCCCACCAUCUGCGCCACCACCAGCAGCACCAGCACCAGCACCACCUCCAUGGCCGCCUCCUCCGCUUCUUCUUACCCUUUUUGCCUCACCCACCAAAGCCAUUACAAUGGCGGCGGAUCUGCAGGGAGCAGCAGCCACAGUAGCUGCUUCCUGUUCCACCACGAGCACCAGCAGCAGGAGGAGCCCGAUGUGAGCAUAUCGCUGUCCAUAGCCCCGCCGCGCAGCAACAACGACGCAGCUUCCUGUGGUGGCCGUGGCUUCGCUGCCCCGUCGACCGUGACGACGCCGGAGGUGCCCACCAGCCAGUACUGGAUCCCCUCCGCCUCCGAGAUCCUGGUAGGCUCCACGCAGUUCUCCUGCGCCGUCUGCAACAAGACCUUCAACCGCUUCAACAACAUGCAGAUGCACAUGUGGGGCCACGGUUCGCAGUACCGCAAGGGCUCCGAGUCCCUGCUACGCGGCGCCAUUAUCACGGUGGGCACGGCGGCGGCGUCGUCGUCGUCGUCGCUGACGCGCCUGCCGUGCUACUGCUGCGCGGAGGGGUGCCGGAACAACAUCGAGCACCCGCGGGCGCGGCCGCUCAAGGACUUCCGCACGCUGCAGACGCACUACCGGCGCAAGCACGGCGCCCGGCCCUACGCGUGCCGCCGCUGCGGCAAGCGCUUCGCCGUGCGCGGCGACUGGCGCACGCACGAGAAGAACUGCGGCAGGCUCUGGUUCUGCGCCUGCGGCUCCGACUUCAAGCACAAGCGGUCGCUCAAGGACCACGUCCGAUCCUUCGGCGGCGGCCACGCGCCGCGCGUCGUCGAGUCCGUCGCCGUCGAGGACGAGGAGGAGGAGGAGGACGACGAUGAUGGCGACCUGCAGACUUUCGACGACGACAACGCCAACGGCGCCAGCGAAGAACCCAGCGACAUGGCCGUCGUCUAGAGGCUUGCUUCUUCAUUAAUUAGAUCGAUGUGGUACUAUAGUAUGCUAGCUACUCUAGUACUCCACCGAUGGACAUAAGUAGUUCUAAUGUGCUGCUCAUGCAUCUCUUAGCCGAUCGCGCUGUCUGAUUAGCUAUAUAUAGAUUUCAUUUCAGUAGCGCUAUAUA